AUGUUUGACUACGGUAACUCUGCGUUGGGUUUGAAAUCAUCAAAUGGACUUCGAAGCUCAAGCUUCGGCAACAACGCGGACAUGUUUAACUACGGCAAGUCUGCGCUUGCUUUGAAAUCAUCAAAUGGACUUCGAAUCGCAGGCUUCGGCAACAACCCGGAGGUGUUUAUCUACGGCAAGCCUAUGUUGGCUUUGAAAUCAUCGGAUGGACUUCGAAUCGCAGGCUUCGGCAACAACCCGGAGGUGUUUAUCUUCGGCAAGCCUUUGUUGGCUUUGAAAUCAUCAGAUGGGCUUCGAAUCGCGGGCUUAGCCAACAAACCAGACAUGUAUAACAACGGCAAGCCUGCGCUGGCUUUGAAGGCAUCAAAUGGACUUCGAAGCGCGCGCGUCAACGAGAAGCCGAGCAUUUUUGAUUUAGGUAAGCCUUCUUUAUUUUUAGACUAUUAG